AUGUCUAACCAGGCGCCGCCACCACCAGCAGAUGUCUACGAAGGCAUGGAGGGUUACGUGGGGCCCACCCAUUGGGCAAGGCCUUACUUCUCCAAUCACCAUCACGAAAACCCAAGUGACAUGAAAAUGCUUGGGCACGUCAACUGCGGUUACUUAUCCACUGCCGGCCGGCCGCCAACUCUGGAAGCGCUGAAGCAGCACGCCCAGUCUCUGGCGUAUUUAAUAUCCACCAUUGCGCCAGGUAUUAUGUCGGGCGAGGUUGACAGCGCACACGGCGACAGUGCCUUUCUCGCGAGUUUUCAAAAGCACUCGGCUUAUGACUGGCUGGAAGAUUUGCAGAAACCCUACGACAAUAUCGACAAGGCGCACCGAAAACCGCUCAACAGUUUGGUGAACUUGGUCAAGCGAAACAGCGACGAGAAAGGUGUCGAAUUUCAUUGUCCAUUGUCAGAGGUCCCUAUACAAUUCAUCGAACAUGACUUAGAGCCAAUUCGCCCGUUUCAAUCUCACAUGACAUUGCUCAUGCACGCCAAUGAGUGCCUCGAGAGACUCGAUCACGAGUACUCGGCUAUGGGCGGGCUCCUUGCGAUCCUCCCUACCGAGGAGGAAGAUAUGUCCACAAACCCAGACCUGCCCAAAGCAAGGAAAACGUUGAUUGGCCAGUGGCUCCUGUUCACACAGCAUCUCGUGGCCCGUAUGCAUGAGCUUGAAAUCGCCUAUGCCAAUACCUUGGAUCUACUUGCGAACGAGGCCAUUGUCCCGGCGCAGCAACUGAGCAAUACGGGAUCUGACGGGCGUACUGGCAGAGAGAUUGUCUUCCCGCAAGACCGAUGGAUAUUGGCCAACGCCGGCGAAGAUGUCUUCAAUUUCGUCCAUCAGAUGCUCGAUAAGAGGGAAGCAGUUGACGUUAACGAGGACAACGCGUUCUUAAAACAAAAUGUAGUAGGAGAUGCGCUACGGCGUGAGAGAGGAGAAGGAGAAGACCCGUCGGCCGAGGGUCUUCUCAAGGGCAUCUCCUACGUGGACCUCUCAACUAGAUAUUAUCGACUGAACGGAAGUGGUCACGGUCCCAUCUUCUGCCUCCCGGCCUUCUCGGACCGCCCGAACACGGCGUACACCAAGGAGAUGGAGAAGCGGCCGACAGUUGUUACGGUGCCAGAGCCGGCAUUGCCCAGUUCGACGACGGCUUGGGACAAUAAGAAACAGGAGCUACAGGAAGAGAACAAGGACAUGUUCAACAGACUCACCAAAGCGCAACAAGAAUCCACCAACCUCGAAGUCCUGAACAGGGCGCAGGGAGAAGAAGUAAAGCGGCUAAGGAUUCUCAACCAGAUCUACGAACAAAAUCAGGGCCAGGACGCCGCAUCGCUGUCGCACAGAAUGGCACAGGCGGAGGCGGAGAGAGACGCCACCAGGACGCAAUUUGAGGACAACGCCUUGGAGUUGAAGAAACUGAGGGACGAGCUGGAUACGUACAAGGCCAAGGUGGGAGAUGAGCAGAAGCCUCCUUCGGGGGUCGUCCGAAAGGGCCGUACGUUCUCCAUGAACACUGCCACGUUCCGAGAGUACGAGAGCCGAUCGCAGGCGGUGGUCGCGGCGAAGAAGGAGAUUGGGAAGAGCAGAGCUACGCUCCAGUCGCUUGCCGAAGCUGGACAGUUGGACUUGUCUACAUUCGACUGGCUCGACACGAUUGCCGACGCCGCGUAA